AUGAGCUUUGUCUGGGUAUACCUGGCUGUAUUAUGGUGGUUCAUCGGGGCCCGGGUAAAUGCGAUUGGGCUUGAUGUCACUGAUCAAGACAACAUCAAAUACGUCGCCAGCCAACUCGCCUGGGACCUCGUCAGUUUCUACACCGGCAACAACACAGGAGAUGUACCCGGGAACCUCCCCGAUCCGUACUACUGGUGGCAAGCAGGCGCCUUUUUCGGGACGUUGAUCAAUUACUGGGCGUACACCGGCGACACGACCUACAAUGACAUUACAAAGCAGGCCAUCCUGCAUCAAGCAGGCGAGAACGACGAUCUCAUGCCGACGAACCAGACCCGAACCGAAGGAAACGAUGACCAGGCUUUCUGGGCGAUUACAGCAAUGAUGGCGGCGGAGUCCAAUUUCCCGAAUCCGGAAGAGGAUCAGCCCUCAUGGUUAGCGAUGGCGCAAGCGGUGUUCAACGAGCAGGCAGCAAGAUGGGAUAUGGAUACGUGCGACGGGGGAUUGAAAUGGCAGAUCUAUUCGUUCAACAGUGGAUAUCAGUACAAGAACGCUAUCUCGAAUGGCUGCUUCUUCGAUCUCGCCGCACGACUGGCACGGUAUACGGGAAACAUGACAUAUGCGGAAUGGGCGGAGAAUACCUGGGACUGGGCUGAGGGUGUGGGGCUUUUUGGGGAUAAAUAUGAAGUGUAUGACGGCACGAGCGAGACGAACAAUUGCUCGGAUAUCAACCAUAUACAGUGGACGUAUAAUAAUGGGGUGUUUUUGCACGGAGCAGCCCAUAUGUGGAAUCUGACAAACGGAGCCCAGAAAUGGCAAAAUCGAAUCACCGGUCUUCUCGACGCACAGCAUGUCUUCUUCUCCAAGAACCAGACUUCGAAAAACGUCAUGUACGAAUCUUCCUGCGAGCCCCAACAAGCCUGCACCACCGACUCAACCUCCUUCAAAGCAUACCUGGGCCGGUGGAUGGGCGACAUUGCCAAAAUCGCACCCUUCACACACGAUACCGUCGUCUCCCGUCUGCGACCUAGCGCAAAAGCCGCUGCAGCACAAUGUCUCGGUGGCGACACGGGUACAUAUUGCGGAACUAGCUGGACUAAGGGAACCUACGAUGGGACAAUGGGUGUUGGCCAACAAAUGUCUGCUCUGGAGGUGAUCCAGGCCACUCUACUCGACACGGUUGGGGGCCCGUUAACGGAUAGAACUGGUGGAUCGAGUGACGGCGAUAGUUUCGCCGGGACAGGAAGGACUUCCGCUGAGCUGCCGGGACAGUGGAGACCUCUUACCCUGAAGGAUAGAGCGGGUGCGUGGGCUGCGACGGGCGGGCUGGGUGCUGUGGUAAUUGGGUAUACGAUAUUUAUGUUUUUCUGA